UUUGUAACAUAAUAAAUGUACAAACGCGAUGGGAGGGAAUUCAGUUUAUCAUCAUCCAUGGAUGCAAAUAAUUCUAGUGCAAACAUGUUUGAUGGGAGUUAUACACCACUACUAGACUCACCUGAUAGUGAUGAUUUCUCAAACAACUUGAUUAGCUUUGAGCUUUCUGAUAUUUUCGAGAUAGAUAAUUGGCCCGUUCAACAAGCUGAUCCAACUCUUGUACCUCACUACUCAAAUUAUGCAGCAAAUCAAGUGGUUAACACCAGGAGUAGUACUACUUACCAUGAGGAACCUAACAAUAAUGUUGGCAACAGCAGCGAGAGGAGGGAAGUGAAGGACAAGGUUGCUUUCAGAACGUUGUCGCAAAUUGAAAUACUAGACGAUGGAUACAAGUGGAGAAAGUAUGGAAAGAAGAUGGUGAAAAAUAGUCCAAAUCCAAGGAAUUACUAUAGGUGCUCCGUGGAAGGUUGUCCGGUGAAGAAGAGAGUUGAACGAGACAAAGAGGAUUCUCGGUAUGUGAUAACCACCUACGAGGGUGUCCACAACCAUCAAGGUCCAUCCCCGUUCUGAUCGAUGAAGAAGAGAUCAGUUCAAAGUUACUAUGAGUACUGUAGCUUAGCUAAAUCAGGCCAGUAAAUUGGAUCUCCUAACCUGUUUCCAGCUUGACUGGAGUCAGAUGGAGGCGUCUAUCUGUAACUUAAAAUGAAAUCAAUUAGAACAUUUCAGUUGGCAUGUACUCUUUUCCUGCUUCCAACAGGAUUU